GCUCGCGGCGACGCCUGAACGCCACGGCCGGCAGAGGAGGGAGGGGGGUGUCCUGCUCCAGCGCUCCACCGGUGUAGCAUAAACAUUUCUUGUACAACAUGAGCAACAGUCAUCCGCUCCGACCUUACACAGCAGUAGGUGAAAUAGAUCACGUUCACAUUCUGUCCGAUCAUGUUGGUGUUCUGAUGAAUGGGGAGGAAUAUAGUGAUGUUACGUUUAUAGUGGAAAAGAAACGUUUUCCUGCACACAGAGUGAUUCUGGCUGCGAGGUGUCAGUAUUUCAGAGCCUUAUUAUAUGGUGGAAUGCGUGAAUCUCAGCCUGAAGCAGAAAUCCCUCUCCACGAUACCACAGCAGAGGCCUUUACAAUGUUAUUGAAAUAUAUUUAUACAGGUCGUGCCACAUUAAGAGAUGAGAAAGAAGAAGUCCUGUUAGAUUUUUUGAGUUUAGCACAUAAAUAUGGGUUUCCAGAACUGGAGGAUUCCACCUCUGAAUACCUUUGCACCAUUCUUAACAUUCAGAAUGUUUGCAUGACCUAUGACGUUGCUAAUCUCUACUCACUACCUAAAUUGACAUGUAUGUGCUUCAUAUUUAUGGACAGAAAUGCUCAAGAGGUACUUUCCAGUGAAGGCUUUCUGUCUCUUUCCAAGCCAGCGCUUCUCAGUAUUGUACUGAGGGAUUCAUUUGCAGCUCCUGAGAAGGACAUUUUUCAAGCAUUGAUGAACUGGUGUAAACACAAUCCUAAGGAAAAUCAUGCUGAAAUCAUGAAGGCAGUGCGCUUGCCAUUGAUGAGCUUGACAGAGCUUUUAAAUGUCGUAAGACCUUCGGGAUUGCUAUCUCCUGAUGCUAUUUUGGAUGCCAUUAAGGUUCGAUCUGAAAGUCGGGACAUGGACCUCAACUAUAGGGGCAUGUUAAUACCAGGUGAGAACAUUGCCACUAUGAAAUAUGGAGCCCAAGUGGUUAAAGGGGAAUUGAAAUCUGCCUUAUUAGAUGGAGACACACAGAACUAUGAUCUAGACCAUGGAUUUUCCCGACAUCCUAUUGAUGAUGAUUGCCGUUCUGGUAUUGAAAUUAAAUUGGGUCAGCCAUCAAUAAUCAAUCACAUACGAAUAUUACUAUGGGAUCGAGAUAGCAGGUCAUACUCCUAUUAUAUUGAGGUAUCCAUGGAUGAACUAGACUGGAUUCGCGUAAUUGAUCAUUCAAAAUAUCUAUGUCGAUCUUGGCAGAAACUGUAUUUUCCUGCCCGUGUCUGCAGGUAUAUCAGAAUAGUUGGAACACACAACACAGUAAACAAAGUUUUCCAUAUUGUGGCUUUUGAAUGCAUGUUCACCAACAAAACCUUCACUCUUGACAGAGGACUAAUAGUUCCCGCUGAGAAUGUUGCAACAGUUGCAGAUUGCGCCAGCGUGAUUGAGGGUGUGAGCCGUAGUCGCAAUGCUUUGUUGAAUGGAGACACAAAGAAUUAUGACUGGGAUUCCGGGUAUACAUGCCAUCAGCUAGGCAGUGGUGCUAUUGUUGUACAGCUGGCACAGCCAUACAUGAUUGGAUCAAUUCAAUUACUCCUCUGGGAUUGUGACGAUAGGAGCUACAGCUAUUACAUUGAAGUUUCUACAAAUCAACAGCAGUGGACCAUGGUGGCUGACCGAACAAAAGUUUCUUGCAAAUCCUGGCAAUUUGUAACUUUUGAUAGACAACCAGCAUCUUUUAUCAGAAUUGUUGGCACUCACAACACAGCUAAUGAGGUAUUUCAUUGUGUACAUUUUGAAUGCCCAUCCCAAAAUACUCUACAGAAGGAAGAGACUAAUGAAGAAGAAGCUGGCCCAGGUGGACAGCACCUGGCAACCUGCUCGCCUCAAGCUUCAAGUACCAGUUCUGUGCAUUCUCUCCCAGGAUCUGUUUCAUAUCCAUAAUUGCAGCAGCUUUCUAUGAGAAUGGAGAAGAACAUUUAAAAUCUCAGUGUCACAAAAACAUUUUUCACUUUUAACCUGCAAGCACCUCUUCAUUUUCUGAAUGAACUUUUCAAGGGGAUCAGAGCAUCAAGCAGCUAGAGGUGCUUCGAUUUAUAAGGCUGCCUGGAGACAAAACUGGGCCAACACAUUGCACUUUUCAUUGAUUAAAAUCAGAAGUAUGGGGGGAGAAAAUAGUCUUUCUCAUCAAGUUUCCUAGUUGUACCCUACCUCUUUAAACCAAGCCAAAUCAGAUAAAGCAGAAAGAAGCAAAACCACACCAUUUUGUUAUAUAAAUAGGUUGUGUGUACCAUAUCAAAAUAUUAUUACAUGUGCUUGUAAAAGGAGUAUUAAAAAUUAAUCUUUUUUGAGAUGUUUAUUAAAAAAAACCCUAUGGAAACCACUUUUUAUUUAACUUAUUCUUAAUCCAUAUCCUUUGUAAAUUAUAAACCAUUUUCAUACUGUGUAUAUAUUUAUACAGCAUGGCAUAUGUGGUAACUCCACUUGAAGAGAUACAUCUAUCUGAUAGUUGGGCAUCUAAUAAUCUUACUCCAUUACUCUCUUUGACAGAGAAAAACCCUUAAAGAGAUUGUGCAUUAAAUAAUUCAAUCCAGGGAUACAAUAUUGGAAUUUUUAACUAUUUGACAUGAUUUAUAAAAUUGUCACUUUUUAUCCCUGAUUACCUUGUACCCAAGAAGAGAGCUGUAUUGAUCCUGUUAAAAAAUAUUAAAGUGCUUUAAUUCCAGCAGUAGGGAUUGAUAGAUAUUUCCAAACAUUUCUUUUCUUGAAAAACAUUUUUUUACAAAUAUUGAAGCUAAGCUUCAUGCGUGGGAAUACAUUGAUAGCAAUUUAUAUUUGGGCUACCUGGUCUGGGCUGCUAAAAGUUGACAUCGCUAGAUGGCAUUAAUGAGUUGUUAUUUGCAUUUGUUUUCUGCCAUCCAGUGGUCAUUCCACAUUUUGCACUCAGAUCCGCUAGAUCUAAUGAAUAUUUUACUGAAAUAUCUGUUUUAAAAAAGCACAAUAAUAUUCCAAUAUGAUUUUAAAAGAAAUCCUUCUGAGACUCUUUUGAUAGAAUUGUCGUAUGCAUAGAUUGAAUUUUAUGGUUGGGUUUUAUUUGCAUUUGAGUAAUUUGCAUUCAAGCAGUAGCUAUCCUUUGUACUUUAAUCAGAUUGUUGGUUUGAUUAUUCUAAAAAUGUUCACAUGUA